UUGCAGGAUCAGGAUGGCCUGCCGGUUCAGCAUCAGUGCCUCUUGUACUCUGGCAGGCUGCUAGACGACGCUAUGCUGCUGGCGGAGUGCGGGCUGGGCGCCGGCUGCACGGUCCACCAGACCGGCCGCCUGCUUGGUGGGAAGCCCGUCAAGGUCAAGAUCAUCACCAACCACUUGUCCUGUGGCCAGGAGGUCAUCAUCGACCUGGACCCAAAUGCGGGCAAGGCGGAGAUCAAGCGCAAGCUGGAGACUGCCACGGGGGUGCCGGCGUCGCAGCAAAAGGUCAUGCUCAGCGGG